GAGAUCUCGCAGCUCUCAAAGAGUUGAGUGCCAGUUGUUGGGUCUUCGUCCGGUUGUGCAGCAUACAAAGUUCAAGUGAUUUGAACACCCCGCGUAUAGGCAGCCCAAAUCAAAGCCAUUCCAUUUCGAGCGGAGCUCAUGACGAAGCCGUCGGGGCCGCAGAGGCAGCGAUCGCUCUCCUCCGCGAGCGGCGGAGGCGUCGGCCGCGCCACGACGAACUCGCGCGGCUCGUUGCAGUCGUCCAAGGAAUACGUGGCCCGCGCACAGCAAUUUGCCGACGCGCGCGUGCUGGAGACGCUCCGGAAAUACCACAGCAACCGCGCCGCCGCCUCGUACGCCAUGGGGGAUUCUUUGGGCGUGGACCGCUCGCAGUGGAAACUCGCAAAGGGCGGCGGUCGCCAUCACUCCAUCGCCUGCUACAAGAAAGUGUCGUCCAGGGGCCCGUUCGGCGGCCUGAGGAUACCGCGCAGGGACAAACAGAGUAAUCAACACGCGGCCGACUCGAUGCGUAUGACUAUGACCGCCAACAAGAGCGCGCCGUCCGUAGCUGUCUCGGAACAGGCCGAGCUGCUGGCCCUUGGAAUCGUACCGGGCACGCUUGAGGACGUGCUGCACGGUACAGUGAACCUCACGCCUGAAGCCAUGCAGAUUGAGAGCGCGCACGCCCAGUGUGACCUGCUGGACAGCCGCGUAUUGGCUGCACUCGUGGCUCCCACGGUUAAUGCGCCAUUCCGCUCGCUCACACUCAAGUGGGCUCUGCGUCACCAUGAAGUUCUAUCCAGACACCGAGACUACGUCUAUCUGGAGGCCACGGGAGUGGUGCGGGACUCCCAGGACAAUGGCGCACGGGUAGGUUACCACCUGGUACACUCCGUGACGCUACCGUCGGCUCCAGAACUGGCGCCGGAGAUGCAGAUCGUGCGUGGCCACUUGUCGUACUGUUAUCUAUACCGACAACACAGUGAUACCGAAGUCGAGCUCUUCUUCCAUGGUGGAAUGCUGCCACGAGGCGGCGCAAAGGACCGUCUAGCCUUCCAAUUAACAGCAGAUGCAGUGCUGGCCUCACCAAGUACAAUCGAGUGUGCGAUGAUGAAGAAACUGGCCUUCUCGCUGCGAACCAAGCAGCCGACUGCUCUCCGUCCGCCGUCGCCGCCGCUGCAUCACAUCGACGACGACAUGCGGCAGACCCAGAGUGGACGUAAGAGUACGUUCGGUACCAGUAUGUUCCGUGCGUCGAUGACGUUCGAUAGCAGUCGCAGUAGUAUUUCCUUCGGAGGGGGCCAGGGUGUCAGUCCGUGUCGUGUGUGCCGUCGUCCGGUUCGAGCUUUCUUUAGUGGGAAAGUGGCGAGCUGUCAAUUGUGUGAAGAACCAGUAUGCAACCGCUGUAAGGUGCACAAGAAGGUGUUUGUGUUUGAAGCGGGGGUCUUCCAUCCCCAGAAGAUGGACUUUUGCACCGAGUGUAUGGUGACUACGAACCGCUUGAACGCUGGGUGGGUGGCGUCGCAGGAACUCACGGGAGCUGCUAACCGAGUGCGUCUGAGUGAACGCAGCAGCUCGUCGGAGGAAGAGAAUGUAGCCAAGUCUCAGAUCGGUCUGGGAGCCUCGUGGCAUGGCGGGAUGUCGCGCAUUGACGAAGGCCGCGCUACCAUGUCGUCCGACGGUCCAAUGGGCCACUCAGCGCCCCAGUCUGUCGUCUGGCUUCCCACAGACCACCUGCAUCCCCGCCUUACGUCCAUUGAUCCGAUGGAUAUGGAGACGGAGGAGGAGAAUGGCCCUCAGUAUGGAGCAUACGAUCGCGUAGAGGACGACAGCUUUAUCGACACGGAGGCGUUCGUGACGCUGGAUGACGACGACGACCGCUUUGACGAGGUCAUCCCCAUGAUUGACAUCCCAUCGGAGGGCGAGGAGGACGAAUUCGACAAUGAACGCACGCUCUCGAGUCACGCAGUGGACCUCAUAAGCGUCUCGCAGAGCUCGUAGAAAUCGAUCAACUAAAACAGACCCACCAAAUGUCUUCGGAAAGACACGAAGACAAGCAGGACGUGGUCAGUACCUCUUAUUUAACAACAAGAAGUAAACGUAUCAGGCGUUUUCGCCACUAAGUUGUUUGCGGCU